CCUCUACGGACUGCAGGACUUCGUCUCAAUUAAAAAUGAUGACUUGGGUUCUAUAUGGUAUCGCCUUACAUGUGGUGCUUAUCUUUGUGGAGCUCAGAUGGUGCUACAUACUUAAUAAUAAGGCCGUUGAUGGGGUAAAACGACAAAGACGGGAAGAUGCCUCAAAUUCGGAAGUGACGUGCAGCGAGCACCUGGAAAGCAAAAGGGUCUCUAUUGAUAUUCAGAUGGGCUUCACCAUCACCGACGAAAAAAGUGACGAAACGGAGCCACAAAUAAUCUCCUUUGGGGCACAGUCUUACUUUCAAGUAGAAUUGAAAGAGACUGCGUUGAUAUCCGGCAUUGUUACCCACGACAGUUCGCAUUUAGAGUUCCGGGUUACGCUCUUCCGGGUGGCGUACAGCAUAGACUGCAUCACAUUCGCCAAUGUCACUGACAGACACGGCGAUGAUCAGGACUCUAAUACUUCAACGACGGUGAUGUUCGAUCGCGUGUUCAACGCUAGAUGCGUGCGCAUCGUGCCGACAAAACGUAUCGGAGAAAACACUGCCAUGAGAUUUGAACUGCUCGGCUGCUCUCCUGACAAUUGCAAGGGCUCCAUCACGCCAAGUUCUACAGAGUGUCCCAGCCCCGAGAUCCGGAAGUUCGUGUUUGACAAGGAGAAGGUCAUCACGUCAAUGCGAAUCACCCUGACCGCUCCAGCUACCGAACAGACGCCCGCGUUUAAGGUGGCCUAUGCCAGGGCUUGCAACUACGAAAUGGGUCAGUUCGUGAAGGAGAACGACCUGCCGAAGGACUUUGAGAUUCCGUACGGUGAAAGCUCGCUCGUGUUAGAGGGACCAGGUUUCCCUAUCCGCUCCCAGUGUAUUGCCGUGCUCAGUCGCUGGGAGACCGGGCACGACGAUGAGGGCAGAAAUCCGAAAGCGGGGAAUCCAUUGGUAGCCAUGAAAACUGAAGGGUAUCAAGUGACAUUCGAAGGCUGUAAUGCCUUGGCGGCGCACGGUAAGUAA